UUUCAAAAUGGGAAGGAGAGAGAUUUUACAGAACUUGAAAAGGCAAGAUAAGAAUCAAUUAAGCAGUUACAGUGCUAAAAGAACAACUCAUCAUGGGAGCAUUUUUAGACAAGCCAAAGAUGGAGAAACAUAAUGCCCAAGGGCAGGGUAAUGGGCUUCGUUAUGGGCUAAGCAGUAUGCAGGGUUGGCGAGUCGAGAUGGAGGAUGCGCAUACAGCCGUGAUUGGUUUGCCAAAUGGACUUGACGGAUGGUCAUUUUUUGCUGUAUAUGAUGGGCAUGCUGGAUCCCAGGUGGCCAAAUAUUGCUGCGAGCAUUUAUUAGAUCACAUCACAAGCAACCAGGAUUUUAAAGGGUCUGAUGGACCACCUUCUGUGGAGAGUGUAAAGAAUGGAAUCAGAACAGGUUUUCUGCAAAUUGAUGAACAUAUGAGAGUAAUUUCUGAGAAGAAACAUGGUGCAGACAGAAGCGGAUCAACAGCUGUGGGUGUCAUGAUUUCUCCUCAACACACUUACUUCAUCAACUGUGGAGACUCAAGAGGUUUACUUUGUAGAAACAGGAAGGUUCAUUUCUUCACACAAGAUCACAAACCAAGUAAUCCACUGGAGAAAGAGCGUAUACAGAAUGCAGGUGGCUCUGUAAUGAUUCAGCGUGUUAAUGGCUCUCUUGCUGUGUCAAGAGCACUUGGGGACUUUGAUUACAAAUGUGUCCAUGGGAAAGGUCCCACAGAGCAGCUUGUGUCGCCAGAGCCUGAAGUUUAUGAAAUUGAGAGAUCAGAAGAAGAUGAUCAGUUCAUCAUACUGGCUUGUGAUGGUAUCUGGGAUGUUAUGGGAAAUGAAGAGCUGUGUGACUUUGUAAGAUCCAGGCUUGAAGUCACCGAUGACCUUGAGAAAGUUUGCAAUGAGAUAGUCGACACCUGCUUGUACAAGGGAAGUCGAGACAACAUGAGCGUGAUAUUGAUCUGUUUUCCAAAUGCACCAAAGGUAUUGCCAGAGGCAGUGAAGAGAGAGACAGAGUUGGACAAGUACCUGGAAAGCAGAGUAGAAGAGAUCAUAAAGAAGCAGGGUGAAGGCGUACCAGACUUAGUCCAUGUGAUGCGCACGUUAGCAACUGAGAGCAUCCCAAACCUCCCGCCAGGGGGUGAAUUGGCAAGCAAACGGAGUGUGAUUGAAGCUGUUUAUAACAGACUGAACCCCUAUAGGAAUGAUGACACUGACUCCGCAUCAACUGAUGAUAUGUGGUAAAACUGCCCAUCUAGCUGUGGAGUUAACGUUCAUCCUUCAAAUGAAAGUGCGGCCCAACCUCAGUGACCCUUCUUAACGUCCACCCUCAACUUUAUUUAACGAAGGGAAUAUGAUGUGUUGGAGAGUGACUACACCAGAAAACUUCAGCAGUACGACGUCUAGCCCAGGAACUGAUGAUUUUUGUAUAACAGACUUCUGUAAACGUGAUCUCAAACCAUAAUUCAUAUUGUAAAUCAGACUCCAGCAAUUUAUGUUGUAUGAUUUUGUUUUUGUAAAGUGCAAUUGUCCUGUACAAAAUGCUCAUAUUUAAUUAUGAACUGCUUUAAUUCACUAUCAAAGUUAGAAGAAACGUUUGGCUUGUUGUGUGAUGCAACAAAUAUAUAGCCCUUUAAAAUCAUGUUGUGGUUUUGGAUUGCAAGGAGCAGCAGCCUAGCCAGGUAGAUGCUCAAGAGGUGCACAAAACUGUAAGGAUUACUUAUUUAUAUAAAGCUGAGUGUUUGGACAGUUUAUCCCAACUAUCACGUGUGAAUUGCUUGGCGGUGGAAAAAUAACACAGUAUACCGCUUGUUCAUGUUUUCUGUUGCUGUUUAUGGUGAUCCCACUCCUGUUCUCAUUUGAAAUGAAUUGGAGAUUUGGCUUGACUUCAGUGGAACAGAAGAUCAUACUCUGUAAUAAUAGAGCGGGUUCAGAGCCAUACCAAUUUUGGGGUUAGAAAGCCUUGAUUCUUCACCUGCCUCUUACAAAGGCUUACAUGAAAUUUGCUAAUCAGUUGAGCACAGAGGAACAACUUUCUACAUACCAGUAAGCAUCUACAGCAUUUUAACUAUCCUGAGUGGCUGGGUUGGCUGCUGUUCCAAGUAAAAUAGUCUGAAUUCCAUUUUAUCAAUAAAGCUUGAUUUAACAAACAAUAAAUUUAACCAUAUACGUGUAAUUCCUUUUUUCCUGCCUUUUACAAUUUCAGUGCCAUUGUAAAUGCGGUUUUCACAUGUGGGAAAUAUUUUAAUAAUUGUAGCCCAUUUUUAAAAUGGGGAGAACUCUUGACUUCUGCCCAAGGCAUAGACGGACACUAGAGGAUGUAGCAAUCUUAGUCUAUAUUUUUACAUGUCUCUCUCUCUUUCUCUCUUUCUUUCAGGCUUUUUAUUCACUGAGAUGUGCAUUGGCUUGAAUUUGCCUACUGCUUAAUGAAAAUACAUUUGUCAGAGCCUGACAAUCUUAACAUUUUAUCGUGGGGUUUUUUAUUUUUUUUUGGUUUUAAUUGGCCCAUUUAUUUGGAAUGAGAAAGUAGUGGUUAAACAGUAUUUGUGAUUUGAAACAUAGCAUGUUGACAAUAUUUAACUGUUGGUUAUUAAAAUUCUAAUUUUUAAAUUUUAUAGGAGUAAUAAACUAAUUUGAUUUAAGCGUAGCUUUGUCCCAUUGAACAUUCAAAAACGAGUUUUCAGAUCAGUCAUGUUUGCAAAACUACUGUUUUGUGCACCUUGUAUUGUCUUUUUAGAUUGAGGAUAUUGUAUUUGUUAUUAAUAUAUAGUUUACUUUAAUCAUUCAGUAGGCAGAUUCCCCAAAAGUAAAAUAAAUGAAUAAGUAGAUUGUAAUAUUUUACUGCAACUAAACAAAAAAAAAAAAAGUGAAAACUUUGGUGUAUAAUUACUUUUUGAUAGGAAAAUGUGGUACGUUGCGUUUUACUAUAAUUUGUCUUCUCCCUAACUUUGAAAUAUACAUAUUUGUAUAUAUAGCCUUAAAACUAAUGCAGAGUUAGGGAUCACUGAACAGUGCAAAAGUAACUUAUAGUGUCUCAGAAUUAAGUAUAGUAUAUACCAGCAUUUUUUUCUUUUAUCCCUUUUGUUUAUGUGUGGUGCUUAAAUGUUACUUCAUUGUAUUCAAUUUGUAACCUGUUCAAGCAUGAAUGAAGAGAACAUAAGCACUAUUUGUAUUUAUAAAUUUAUAGCAAUUUUGCUUAAAGAACCAAUUCCUUACCUACCUACAAAUAAAUGCUUAAAAUGUCUAA